UCCAGGGGGCGUGGCCAGACAUCAGCUCCCUAUAAAUGGCCGCACAGCCUCUGACGACAAAAACAGUCCUUGAAGACAGUGCACAGCUGGAACCGAAAAACAGCCCGACUUGCUGUCCACCUUUCAGCCGAGCCGUGCCGAGCCCCCCACCCCCCUCAAAAAAAAAAUCCAUUCAACAAUAACCCGUUGAAGAGCGGCAGCUUCCCGUCGUCGGGGGAUCUGCUCGGACUGCCGCAACUGCGCUUCCAAGGCGAGAAGAAGAGGGCAGACAAAAAACAAGCCACCGUCUCGCCGUGUCUGCGACAAUGCAGCUGAGCGUCAACGGCAUCCUCUGCACGCUGGCGCUGCUGCUCGCCUGGCGGGCGCAGGAGCUGGCGGAGGCGUGCAGCUGUGCUCCGGUGCACCCGCAACAGGCGUUCUGCAACGCCGAUAUCGUGAUCCGAGCAAAGGUGGUGGGCGAACGAGAGGUGGAUUCUGGGAACGACAUCUACGGGAAUCCCAUCAAGAGGAUCCAGUAUGACGUCAAACAGAUCAAGAUGUUCAAGGGACCCAAUCAGGACAUCGACGCCAUUUUCACCGCUCCCAUGUCGGCCGUGUGCGGCGUCACCUUGGAUGCUAGCGGCAAGAAGGAGUACUUGAUCUCUGGCAAGGUCGACGCCGGCGGCCAAAUGCACGUGACGCUGUGUGAUUACAUCAUGCCCUGGGAGUCCCUGAGCGCCACUCAGAAGAAAAGUCUCAGCCAGCGCUACCAGAUGGGAUGCGAGUGCAAGAUCGUGCGCUGUCCCUCGGUGCCCUGUGAGAUCUCCGCCCCCGAGGAGUGUCUGUGGACGGACCUGAUCACCGAGAAGCAGGUCCACGGUCGCCAGGCCAACCACUACGCCUGCGUCAAGCGGGCCGACGGCUCCUGCUCCUGGUACCGUGGCGUCGCCCCGCCCAAGAAGGAGUUCCUGGAUGCCGAGGACCCCUAAAAAAAAAAGGCUCUGCCUGAACAUAAAUGUCAACUAAUCCCAUCCGAAACAGGCAAUUUCUUUCAUUUAGAGGCAAAAAAUGUGCUGUAAAAUAAUCUCGAGCCUCUUUGUGUCCAUUUCAGUCCCAAAAUGAAGGUACUCGGGGGAGGCGGAGCCUGAGAGGUUGUUAGACAGCAUCUACGUGUGUUUAUUAAAAAAAAAAAACAA